CGACGUCCUCGAUACGACCUUGUGUUUCCAGGCAAGUCGCUGCCCGUGCACUGCGUGGUGGAGGCCGUGUGCAGCGUCGAGCGCCCCAAGAGGCCCGCCGUCGUCGAGACGGACUCGUACGUCAUCAUCCCGGCCUCGACGGCGUUCGACGACCUCGUCCCCGUGGCGCUGGCCCAGCUGGGCUACACGCGCGACACGGCCGCCGCCGCCACAGGCUCCGUGGUCAUCAAGAACUGGAAGCCGCUGAGCUUCGACAAGAUCGCGGACGGCCCGCUGGUGUCCGUCGGCGACAUCCUGGGCGAGCUGACGACCGUGGCCACCCUCCGGAUCCAGAUCUUCCGGUCGCGGCCCAGCAUGCUGGCCGACAUGCGCGACAAGAUGCUCCGGCUGCUGCUCACGCAGACGCGCUCCCUGCUGCUAGGCUCGGGCUGCCCGCUCGACGAGCUGACGCUGAGCCAGCUGUGCCGCGGCAGCGCGGGCGGCGCGGCCGACCGCCUGUCCGAGCCCCCCGAGGACGUCCGCCGCAAGUUCGAGCACUGGUGGGCGCUGCAGCUGCAGCAGCAGCAGCAACAACAGCAGCAGCACCCGCAGCAGCCGCCGCACCACCGGCAGCCGCAGCAGCAGCAGUCGCAGCAGCUGGCCAACCCUCUGCCGGCCUCGCAGCCGCCACCGCCUCCGCCGCAGCAGCAGCAGCCGCGGCGCACGCCCUCGCCGCGCCAGGUGCACCGCGCGCACCUGUCGGCGCUGUCGCCCGCCUCGGGCCUCUCGCUGUACGCCGGCGGCGCGGACGGGCGGGGCGCUGGCGUGCCGCCGCUGGGCGCCGGCGGCAUGGACGCCGUCGCUCUCUCGCACAAGCUGAUGCAGGACGUGCACCCCGCGCUGCAGACGGUGCAGAGCCAGUACCCGACGCCCAAGACGCGCAUGCGCACCUCGUUCGACCCCGAGCUUGAGCUGCCCAAACUGCAGCGGUGGUUCGCGGAGAACCAGCAUCCCAGCAGGCAACAGAUUCAGCAGUACGUGCGCGAGCUCAACAGCCUGGAGUCGCGGCGGGGCCGCAAGCCCCUGGACGUCAACAACGUCGUCUACUGGUUCAAGAACGCUCGCGCCGCCCAGAAGCGCGCCGAGAUCCGCAGCAGCGGCCCAGGCGGCCACUACAUGUCGCAGAACGGCUACAGCAGCAACAGCCACAGCCCGCCGGGCUCGGGCGCACCACCGCACUUCCUCAGCCCGGAGACGCUGCUGACCGAGGGCCCGCACCCCGGCCACCCGGUGGGGCCCGGCGGCCGUCUCCUGCCCAUGGGGCCCAUGGGCGGCAUGGGGAUGGGCGGCAUGCCCCCCUGGCCGCUCAGCUCCCCGCCCAUGGCGCACAUGCACCGCGUCCCGCACGUCGAGAUGCCCCGCCCGCACAGCGUGGUCUCGGACGACUCUGACGGCGAGGGCGGCGGCCCUGCUGGCCCCGGUGGUCAGGGAGACCGAUCGCAGCAGGACGACGCGGACUCGCACGCUGACCGCAACAGCCCCAUCAGCCUCAUCAUGAACCGGGGCUCUGACCACGGCCGCGAGGAGGACAAGGACGACGAGAAGAAGGAUGAGGAGAUGAAGGACCCCAAGGACAUGGACCUUGACGUCACCAACGACGACAGUCGGAUGAGCAUCAAGCAGGAGCCGAAUGCCGGCGACGACGACGCCGCGUCCACGGGCCACAACAACAAUAACAACAACCACGUCAAGGACUGCGAGGCCAUGUCCGACAUGGAGGAGGACGACGAGGACGAGGACGAGGGCUCCGAGAGCUGCGGCGGCGGCAGCGGCGCCGGGUCGGAGCUGCAGCAGCAGCAACAGCAGCAGCAGCUGGAGCGCUACCACCAGCACCACCACGGCUUCCGCUCGCCGUCGCCGUGCGGGCCACCGGGCGCGGGCGCCCUGCCCUUCCCCAUGUUCAGCCACAGCAUCAUGUACAUGAGCCAGUACCUGCCGGGGCUGGCGGCCGCGCACCCGGGCGGCGGCCAGGGCGUGCCCGGCCAGCCGGCGUCGGCGCCGCAGCAGCAGCAGGGGCUCAACCUGUCGGCGUCGGACGAGCGGCGCAAGCGCAACCGCACCUUCAUCGACCCCGUGAGCGAGGUGCCGCGGCUGGAGCAGUGGUUCAAGCACCACACGCACCCGCCGCACAACCUCAUCCUCAAGUACACCGAGGAGCUGAACCACAUGCCGUACCGGUGCAAGUUCCCCCGCCUCGAGCCCAAGAACGUGCAGUUCUGGUUCAAGAACCGGCGCGCCAAGGACAAGCGCAUGAAGGUGUCGCUCUUCGACAACGGGCCGCAGUCUAACCACCAGCAGGGCGUGUAUCACGGCCAGCACUCUGAACUCAUGCUGAAGCGCGAGUAGUCGCCGCGCUGUUCUCCGAGGAGCACUACUUUGCCUUUCCCCUGGCCGGAGCUACGGCAGGCAAAACUUUGCUCGCAUUUACUGCCGUUUGGCAGACUUUGGCUUGAGGAAAGUGAGCCAAGAUGGCAGAUCAGUCUGGCAUUGUGAUAUCGGUGGCAGGGGAGGCGAGCAUCGGCCUGGUGGAGGUGAGGAGAGGGGCCCCUGUAGCGCUAGGCGGCGGGCUCGAUAGUAUAGCAUCUUGUUUGUUAGUAUUUCCUAUUUAUUCUAUAGGAGCUGUGAUUUUGUUGAAGUGCUGAAUGUUAAUUAAGCUUUGAGGG